UGAAGUUGUGAAAUUUAUGCUGCAACAGUUGGAUUGAAAUUGAGACUCUUCUCAAAAUGGCAAAAUGCAGCAUGUUGCUGCUUGGAAUCCUAUUGAUGGAUUUCUCAACAUCAGUAAAGUCACAGCGUGGAAUUGGUACAGUUCGUAACUUGGAGGAGAUCAUAAUUGGCAGAUGCUAUAAUUACAUCAGAGUAGUGAAUCCUACAAUAGGAGAAAAGAACUGUUCGGCAAUCUGGGAAGCGUUUCAAAAUGCUUUUGCUUAUAAGAAACCCUACAAUGUUCUUCCAACUGACUAUAAGGAUUUUAUCAAUCUGGCACGGCAUGAUAUCCCUCGGGAUAAGGCAUUAUUCUGGGAAAAUACCAAGCUUCUGGUGAACAGGUAUUCAGAUCAAACCAGACGUAUGAUGCCUCUCGGUGACGCUCUGAUUGGUUUUCUGGCAGAUGACUUGAACUGGUGUGGACAACCUGAACCCCCUGGCAUAAACUAUGAAGUCUGUCCCACAAAUGAUUCUGAAGAUAACCCAGUGAAUUCCUUUUGGAAAAUAGCAUCUGAAUCGUAUGCGAAGGAAGCUGCCGGCAUCGUGACUGUGAUGCUGAAUGGCUCAGUUUCUGAUGGAACUUUUCCAAAAGAAGGAUUCUUCGCUAAAAAUGAGCUUCCGAAUUUAAGAAAUGACAAAGUCUCUGAAAUACAGAUUUGGGUCAUGGACAAUAUUGAUGGACCUGUUAGGGAGACAUGUGGGACAGGCACUGUGAAAGAUCUUGAAGACAUCAUAAAAGGGCGUAAUUUCAGCUACUCUUGCACAGACAAUUACAGUCCAUGUUUAGCAAGACUGCAAUAAGACAAAGGAAGACAUAAAUCAAUAACUAGCCAUCAGACAGAAGACAGAAAUCUUCUUAUUUGAUCUAUUGAUAUACUUAAGUGAAUAUUAGUUAAAAAACUAUAUGAUUUGCUAUUUUAGGCUCCAACGCAUAAACCUUUGCAAAAAAAUGUAUUGUUGAUAGUAGCCAUUCAAGGUGUAUGGAGCUUUAAAAUAAUAUUAUUUGCCUGAUUUUGACAUGUUCAAAAUGAAAAGAAUUGCUCGCUGUAACAUCUGUCAAUGAAAUGAUUACACUAU